AUGGCCAGGCCGGGCUCCGAGUGCGUGCGGGUCUGCGUCCGGUGCCGGCCCCAGAAUUCGCGCGAGACGGGCCAAGGUGUGGCGGUGGCGGUGGACGAGAGCGCCGGCCAGGUGGCGCUGGCUUGUGUCCGCAGCACCGAGCCACCCCGCGCCUUCACAUUUGACGCCGUGUUUGGACCGGAGGCUAGCCAACAAGAUGUGUAUAAUGCCACCGCCCGCGACCUGGUGAACAGCGUGCUAGCCGGCUUUAAUGCCACCGUGUUUGCCUAUGGCCAGACCGGCACCGGCAAGACGCACACCAUGGAGGGCCGCAAGACCUCCGAGGCGGGCAUCAUCCCGCGCACCUUUCAGCAGAUUUUCAACACCAUCGGCGCCAGCCAGGCGCAGACCACCUUUUUGGUGCGAGCCAGCAUGUAUGAGAUUUACAACGAGGAGGUCAGGGACCUGCUGUCGAAGAAUCCCAAAAACCGGCUGGAGGUGCACGAGGCGCGAGAUGGCGGGGUGUACGUCAGGGGGCUCAGCACCUUUGUAGUGCAGAGCCAGGCGGAGAUUGGAGCAGUGCUGGAGGUGGGCACGCGCAAUCGCACGGUGGGUGCCACACUCAUGAAUCAAGACUCCUCACGCUCCCACUCUGUGUUCACAAUCACCGUGGAGGCAGCAGACGCUGCAGUAGGGGAGGCAGCUGGCAGCUUCCGGGUAGGUAAGCUGAACCUGGUAGAUCUGGCGGGCAGCGAGCGGCAGUCCAAGACGGCAGCAGUGGGGGAGCGCCUGAAGGAGGCUACCAAGAUCAACCUCAGCCUGUCGGCGCUGGGCAACGUCAUCUCUGCCCUGGUGGACGGCAAGAGCGGACACAUUCCGUACCGCGACUCCAAACUAACGCGCCUGCUGCAAGACUCGCUAGGAGGCAACACCCGCACCGUCAUGAUUGCCAGCGUGGGACCUGCCGCCUGUAACCAUGAGGAGACGCUGAGCACGCUGCGAUAUGCCAAUCGUGCCAAGAACAUCCAGAACAAGCCAAGGAUCAACGAGGACCCCAAGGCUCGUUGCGCUGAUGCCAUGCUACGCGAGUUCCAGGAAGAGAUAGCAAAGCUGAAAGAACAGCUGGCAUCAGCUGCAACAGGCAGCAGCUCUGAUGGCAGCGCGGAUGCUGCCAUCCCCUCUGCUGAUGCGCACACCCGCUUGCAAUCUGCCAUAGCAGACACGUGGAUAGAUCCUGAAGAGCUGGAGCGCAUGCGGCAGCACCUGGAAACUGAGCUGCGCACUGAAUACAGCAACAGCGGCAUGGAAUUGGAUGAUGAAGCUCUGGCGCAGAUGAAGCAGGAGGUGGAAAUGCAGCUUGUUGAGCAGGUGAAGCAGGCGCAAGCAGAGCAACAACGAGCGGACACUGAGGCCGCGCGCCUGGCGAAGCAGCUGGAGCAGCAGGCAGCCCAGGUACAGCACGAAGCAGAGCGCAUGGACCAGGAGCAUGCGCACAAUGCCGAGCUGGCCGCCAAGCUGCGCAUGUUGGAAAGCAAGCUGCUGCAUGGCGAGCAGCGUGGUGGGCUGGAUAGCCUGGCAAAUCAGACGGCAGCGCAGUUGAACCAGCAAGAAGACGAGCUGAAGAAGGAGCGCACAGCAGCGGUUCAGGCAUCACGACACAUCGCUGUGCUUGAGGCGAGCGCCCACACAGCGCAGGCGCAAUAUAGCUCGUUGCAGGAGGAAGCCAAUGCGCUCACUUCCCAGCUGGACUCAGCAGCGGGCGAUUAUGAGGCAGCUAGAGCCGAGCAGGGCGAUGUGUAUGCUCAAUGGGAGCUGGACAGGGAGGACCUAGUCGAGGAGAUCAGGAGCUUGCACUACAGCCUGGCCCUGAAAAAUUUGGUGAUAGAUGCCUUCAUACCUCAAGAGGAGGUGUCCAAGCUGCUGCGGUGUGCCACUUACAACUCCUCCGAGGGCAGCUGGAGCCUGGGCCACAAGGGCGCCGGAAGGGCAAAAUCGGCGGCACUGCCCAAGCGGCCAGCGUCGGCUGCCCUUCGCGCGGAUGGGGCCACACAGCCCAAGGUGCUGCUGCUGGAGCUUCAACUGGACGUCCCUGAGAGAAAAUUGCUCGACUUCGCCAGCCUGCAGCAAUGUGCCGCACUGUAAUAAUAGCACCAGCGCUCCGCCCGCUGCGCUGGCACCCCUAGUAUGGCUAUCAAGCAGCUCAUGACAAAUCUGCACGCUUGGCUACAACUGCAAAUUCAGGAAUGUAAGAAAGAAACUCGCCUCCC